GCGGAGCUGCUACAUCCGGGUCUGGCGGCUUGUGGUCGUUUUGUUUUCUUGACUGGGACUAGGGGCGAGUGAAGCAGCCCGGUGCGGCGUGACACCCGGCUCCGGACGUACUGCUCGGCCAGGGCUGGACUGACCUAAAAGAAUGUCUGGAUUUCUAGAAGGCAUGAGAUGCUCCGAAUGCAUUGAUUGGGGAGAAAAGCGAAAUACUAUUGCUUCCAUCGCUGCUGGUGUUCUGUUUUUCACAGGAUGGUGGAUUAUCAUAGAUGCAGCUGUUAUUUAUCCCAAAAUGGAAGAUUUCAACCACUCGUACCAUGCCUGUGGUGUGAUAGCAACCAUAGCCUUCCUAAUGAUUAAUGCAGUAUCAAAUGGACAAGUCCGGGGUGAUAGUUACAGUGAAGGUUGUCUGGGUCAAACAGGCGCUCGUAUUUGGCUGUUCAUCGGUUUUAUGCUGGCCUUCGGCUCUCUGAUUGCAUCUAUGUGGAUUCUCUUUGGAGGUUAUGUUGCUAAGGAAAAACCCAUAGUGUAUCCUGGAAUUGCUGUAUUUUUCCAGAAUGCUUUCAUAUUUUUUGGAGGACUGGUGUUUAAGUUUGGCCGCACCGAAGACUUGUGGCAGUGAACGCAGCAGCCUUCCUGCAGCCUGGCAGCCCCUGGGGUUUUUUACCGCUCACUCCCUGUCUUUUGUAAUGCCAUUUUCUAAACUUACUGCCGAGUGCAGUCUCAGCUUCCGAUUGUAUAAUGCUAAAAUCAUGAGAACUCCCUGUGUGUGCACAGCAACAGCAUCUCUUGUGGUAUGCACCUAAUUAUCUUAUACAUACAAUGUGAAAGGAAAUAGUUUCACGCCAGUAACUUCUGUCAUUUUAUCAUGAUACAAUUAAUUUGUAAAAAUAAAAGUAAAUUACGGAAGAAAUUACGGAUUCAUCAGUGUAUUUGGUCUGAGGUCCAAAACUGCAGUGAAAGUGCUCUGAAGAUUUAAUGUAUUUAAACAUGGCCUCUUCUUAGUGUCGAAUGUUACAUGAAAUAUAAGUAUUUUCUUAUUUUUAUAAACUAUUCAGUAGUCAAAAUUGUUUCUUAUUACAUAUUGACUUUGUAUGGAUUUACCAAAAAUUCUGUGAAAGUUUCGGCAUUUGGCAUCGAGGGUCUCCCAAAGGGUGAGCUGUGAUUCAGCCGUCAGGUUCCUUGUGCCUCGCCUGUGGGGAUCUCAUCCGUGUGCCACCGAGUGAGGGGAGAGGGAUGUAACCCAGCCGGCGCACAGGGGCCUGGUGGGGCACUGCGCUCUCAGGUGCGAUUGCUUGCAGCCCCCAAGCAAACCACAGGAGGCCAUUUUGAUGAAAAGGAGACCAGAGUUAUUCAAAGCUAGCUCUGACUGAGGUGAGGAGCCUCAUGUUGCCACAGAUCACCUUCUGCCCGUGUCCAGGUGUGCAAGAGGCCACCUCUGUAGUAAGGAUGAGCUGGAGAGGGGAUAGAGUAAGACUGUAGGUAACUCAAGAAUUGCACAGUCCUUCCUGGCCCUUUUGUCUCCCUCCCUUUCCUGUAGAAAGGAAACUUGACCUUGACUUCUUAGUGCAUUUUUGUCCUUUCAUCUGGGUUUAGGAAGGGAGGGAGUAGUUUCCACUCUAGGUCUCAGGAAAGAACAACUUCUGACUUUUAUAGCUCCAUUUUGCCCUGCCAGUUACCAUUUGACACCACUAGUUUUAGGUGACAAAAUUUCUCUGUUGUUCUUAGGAUAAAUUGGAUUGUAUGCUUUAUGUUAUCGCUAAUCUAAACCACUAAGCUCUGUGAGAACAGCAGGGUCUAUUAUAAUUACAUACAUUAGCUUGCAGGAACUCUUACAGUCUGUUGCUCAUUGGAACAUGUGUCCCCUGAGGCUCUCAACGGCUGCAAAAUAGGGCACACGCUCUUCACAAUUCUGGCUGGAGAUGUUUUUCAUAAAAUAGGUGACAAUUAGCCCCAUGAACCACAGCUGUAUCUGAUGGUUUCAGUAUGUGACCUCUUUCACCUGAGCCAUCAUUUUAUGCUGUACUGUCAGUUUUGAAUAUUGCCAGCCAGAAGGACACUAAGCAAAGAAAUAACAGUCCAGCUGUCAUCACCCAUGAAAUUGCUUUUUUUUUUUUUUUUUUUUUGCAUAGGGCCAUAAAAUCACAAUUGGAAGGGAUCUCAGUAGUUGAAGUCCACCUUUUACACAUGAGAAUGUAUAGGUCAAGGAGUCUUAAAAUGAUUUCUUCAAGGUCAGUAUCAGUGCUGUAGUCAUUGCAAAGCUGCGCAUCUCCACCUCACAAGUGACCCCCAGCUCUUUCCCCACGGUGGGGCUCAGUAUGCUCAAGAAAUGCCAACUAUUUUAGAAAACUGCUGGACUAAAUAGGAAGUGGAAUAGAGGUGAAUUCUUAGCAUUUUAAAAUUCUGAAUUAUCUGUUCUGUCGCUGUAGGCAGGAGUUAACAUACUUUCUUAAGCAUGAAAAAGAUCUGACAGUUGGCACUAGGAUUGAACCAAAUGUGUCUGCAACCAAAACUCUACUCCCUCCACACCAUUGCCUUUGCUGUCUUCUGCCGUGAACUGUUGCCCUGUCAUGUGCCCCCUGCCUUGGAGCCAGCUGACUGAAAACCUCUACAAACUGUGAAUUAAAUAAACCUUUCACCCUUCAA